CUCAACAUUUUUUUUUUUUGCUUAUGGCAUGUGUUGAAAUUUUGGGACCUGCAACUGGGAGAAGAAGGAGCCAAGACGUCAAUUUCACUCAACCAAUCCACCAUGAGAAGAGGGCCCUCACCAGUAUUGGCCUUUCCACCAUCAUCAGAGUACUCUAAACAAUAUAAACCAAGUAUAUUUAUUUUGUCAGGGGCCUGUAACCAUUGUAGCUCUCAAGAAGACAAAAUCUGUUAAAGUUCCCUUCACAUCCAACCAAUCUGCAAGCGCCCAAUUUUUCUUCAUGCACCAUUAUCCGUUUUGUCAUCAUCAUCCUCACCGUCAUAAUAGUAGAGUAAUAAAACAAAAAACCCCACAGAAGGCUCCAACCAGCAUCAUCUUCUUCAUGGUGUCUCCACUCAUUUAUUCGUCAUCACCACCACAAGCUCUCAAUCCUCCCAAAUUCCUGAGGUUGCCAUGUUCCCACCCAUAUCUCCAAAGAUUUUUUCACAAUAGGGGUUGGUAGGCUUUCUAGUACCCUAAACAACACUAGUGGAAGCUGCAGAUGCCAGAUGCCAAGCUAUUCCCUUUCCCUAUCAACAAGCAUUCUCAUAAUUAAGAAAUGGAAAGUCUCCACUGCUGAGCUCAGUGGAUUAUUCACUUUCAUGUGAAACUCAACCCAUCUUCUUGUGAGUAUUCUCCUUUUGUUCCCACUUUUUAAUAUUAUUGCCCUUUCAUGGCCACUAAGCCUGUGAUUCCUCUGUUAUGCAUCCUCCCUUUAACAUGGUUGAUCGUGUGCCUCCCUCAUCUACCACUGAUUCCAGGCGAGUCAUGCAUUGGAAACCCUGAAAGCACCUGAAAUUUGGUUUCUCUUGAGUUAUGCUUUGAUGGGCAUUUCUUGUUUAUCCAAGAUGCUGGUUUAGUAUGGAAUAUUUGUGCUUUUUUGGUCUGUCUGUUCCUUCUGGGGAUGUGACUUCCUCUGCUCCUCUUUUAGUUAUUUAAUUGCAAUUGGUAUCUGCAUGUUGGAAAUUUAAAUGGUCGCAUCUUGUUCUUUAGGAAUAUUUCUUUAGCACAUAAUUGUAGAAUUCCAGCUGUUCUAGUUUAGGGUCGCUUAUAGGUCUGGUACUAAUGGGUAAAAAAUCCCUUGAGUGUUUGACAGAAAUUAGUACAUGGGGUUGAUUAUUCUAUUUAUUUCACUUCAAUUCAAGAUGUCUGUUAGGUAUUGGAAAUAUGGUGGUUAGGUACAUCAUUUAGGAUCACCAUGAAUCUGGUUUGGCUUGUGUUGCUUUUGAUCCUUUGUAUUAGAGGAUACACUGAAGGGGUUUUGAAUCCUGAAGUCGUGAAUAUUGGAGCUAUAUUCACAUUUAGCACUAUCAAUGGGAAAGUUGCAAAGAUAGCCAUGAAGGCGGCUGAACAAGAUGUGAAUUCUGAUCCAAGCAUUCUUGGUGGGAGAAAACUGGCUAUAACCCUGCAUGAUUCCAACUAUAGCGGAUUUCUCAGCAUCGUUGGGGCAUUACAAUUCAUGGAGUCUGACACAGUAGCUAUUAUUGGUCCACAAAGUGCUGUGAUGGCCCAUGUACUCUCACAUCUUGCAAAUGAGCUUCAUGUUCCACUACUGUCAUUCACAGCCCUGGACCCGACCCUCUCGCCUCUCCAGUUCCCUUACUUUAUUCAAACUGCUCCCAAUGAUCUAUUCCAGAUGACUGCCAUUGCAGAUAUGGUUAGUUAUUUUGAAUGGAGAGAGGUUAUUGCAGUAUACUCUGAUGAUGAUCAAAGCCGAAAUGUAACUACAUUAGGUGAUAAACUUGCAGGAAGGCAGUGUAAAAUCUCCUACAAAGCAGCCCUUCCCCCUGACCCAAAAGCAACUCGUGAUCAGGUUUUUAAUGAAUUGGUGAAGGUUCGAAUGAUGGAAUCCCGAGUAAUUGUUCUUCAUACUCUUUCCAAAACAGGUCUUUUGGUUUUUGAUGUUGCCAAAUACCUUGGGAUGAUGGAGAGUGGUUAUGUUUGGAUAGCUUCUACUUGGCUAUCUACCAUACUAGAUUCUACUCCGCUUUCCUCCAAGACUGCCAAUUCGAUCCAAGGAGUUCUCACACUUCGUCCUCAUACACCUGAUUCAAAAAAGAAAAGGGAGUUUUCAUCUAGGUGGAACCAUCUGAGUAAUGGAACUAUUGGUUUGAAUCCUUAUGGUUUAUAUGCCUAUGAUACUGUUUGGAUGAUUACUUAUGCACUAAAAACAUUUUUCGAUCAGGGUGGCACCAUCUCAUUCUCCAAUAUUACAUCUGCGACUGCCUUGGUGGCAGGAGAACUGAAUCUUGGUGCAUUGAGCAUUUUUGAUGGGGGACAGCAGUUGCUUAAGAACAUACUGCAGAUCAAUAGGACAGGUUUAACUGGCCCUCUACGAUUUGGUCCAGACAGAUCCCCGGUACAUCCUGCAUAUGAGGUCAUUAAUGUAGUUGGAACUGGAUUCAGGCAGCUUGGAUACUGGUCUGACUAUUCUGGGCUCUCUGUUGCAUCUCCAGAGACGCUUUAUGCAAAACCGCCUAACCUUUCAAGAUCAAACCAACAAUUGUAUGAUGUAUUAUGGCCUGGUGAAAUAACAAAGAAGCCUCGUGGGUGGGUCUUUCCAAACAAUGGGAGACGUCUAAGGAUUGGAGUUCCAAACCGGGUUAGUUAUCGUGAUUUUGUGUCAAAAGGAAAAGAUACUGAUGACCUCCAUGGAUAUUGCAUUGAUGUAUUCACUGCUGCAAUAGCCUUGCUCCCAUAUGCAGUCCCAUAUAAGUUUGUUCUGUUUGGGGAUGGUCUGGAAAACCCGAACUACAACCAGCUUGUAUACAAGGUUGCCUCUAAUGACUUCGAUGCUGCUGUUGGGGACAUUGCAAUUGUCACCAAUCGUACAAAGGCUGUGGAUUUUACUCAGCCAUAUAUAGAAUCAGGCCUAGUUGUAGUGGCCCCAGUCAAGAAGCUGAACUCAAGUGCUUGGGCUUUCUUGAAGCCUUUUAGUCCAUUGAUGUGGGGUAUAACAGCAUCAUUUUUCCUUAUUGUGGGAGCAGUUGUGUGGAUUCUCGAACAUCGGAUCAAUGAUGAUUUCAGGGGGCCACCUAAGAAACAGAUUGUCACAAUGUUAUGGUUUUCCUUCUCAACCCUGUUUUUUUCCCAUAGAGAAAACACAGUAAGCGCACUCGGGCGUAUGGUGCUGAUCAUCUGGCUUUUUGUAGUUCUGAUAAUCAACUCAAGCUACACUGCAAGCCUGACAUCAAUCCUGACUGUGCAACAACUAUCUUCAUCCAUUAAAGGAAUUGAGACAUUGAUAACUAGCAAUGAUCGUAUUGGAUUCCAAGUAGGGUCCUUUGCAGAGAACUAUUUAAGUGACGAACUUGACAUCCCUAAAUCUAGACUCAUUGCUCUUGGCUCACCAGAAGAAUAUGCCACUGCCCUUGAGAAUGGAACUGUCGCUGCUGUGGUUGAUGAACGACCCUACAUAGAAGUCUUCCUUGCCAGCCACUGCAAGUUCUCAAUUGUAGGGCAGCAGUUCACUAGAAGCGGGUGGGGAUUUGCAUUUCCAAGAGACUCUUCCUUAACUGUUGACUUGUCAACUGCCAUCCUCACGCUAUCAGAGAACGGUGAUCUUCAAAGAAUCCAUGAUAAGUGGCUGAAAAAUAAAGUUUGUUCAGACAACUCUCAGCUUGGAUCUGACCAACUUCAGUUCCAGAGCUUCUGGGGCCUUUUCCUCAUCUGUGGGAUUGCAUGCUUCCUUGCUCUCCUUGUAUACUUCUGCAUGAUGGUACGCCAAUUCAGCAAGCAGUUUUCUGAAGCAAGUCCUUCCAGCCAUGGCAGCUCUCGCUCUGCACGACUUCAAACAUUCCUAUCAUUUGCUGAUAACAAGGCAGAGGUAUCAAAAGCCAAGUCCAAAAGAAAACGCGGAGACAUGUCUUUAGAUUCCAAUGGCAGGGAAGACAAUUCAAGAAAUGGAUCCACGAGAACAAAACAAACAGAUCUCCCAUCAGAGAUUUAAUGGGAACACUUGUCUUUAAUUAAACUAGUGCUGCCAGUCACAACUAUAUCAUCAUUCCAUACAAUUUUCAUCGUAUGUCAUUACCAUGCUUUCCUUUUCCUUUCUUUUUUUCUUCCCUUUUUUUCCCCUCCCUCGAGGCUGUAUACUGUAGGUGUUUUGAUUGUCAAUACAAACACACCAUACUCAAAUGUAGAUCCUGAAAUCCAUAUAUGAUAAUGUCAGUUGAGGAAUGAUCAGAAUCAUUGAUCAUUUGUGAAUCUUUUACAGUA